UCCAUGAUACUGACAUUGUUUGAUAUUCUUAUCAUUUUAAAAUUAAAUAUUAAACUGACGUAAUUGUAUUUAAGGUGUGAUUAAAACAAAGAUAAAUUCAAAUAAACCGUCUGAAAAUCCAAAUUGAGAUAAUGUUUAUGAUCAACGAAAUGUGUCAUGGCUGCGACGAAAACUAAGGACAUAUUGAUAGCAGCCCCUAUAAAACCAUUUAACUAAAUGCACAUUAAAACAUUUCGCUUAAAAAAAGAAAGAUGGUUACCAAGUUCUCUUUCGUUUGUUUUUUAUUUGGCUAUGUAAUGAGUGACAAUGACGACAUUGCAAAAUUGAGAUUUUAUCAAAGAUCUUUAGAUGAAUUUAUUGAAUUACCAUUAGACAAAGCACAAGAAAUAGUAUCUAUGUCAUGGUAUGAUUCAGGAAAAACUACAGUGAUAUUUGCUCAUGGAUUUUCAGGAUUUCCAAAUGGUACCGCAGUAACUGUGGUCGUAAAUACCUUUUUGAAAGAUGGGCGAUAUAAUGUGGCCUUGUUGAACUGGCAAAAGCUGGCCGCUCCGGUGCUGCCCGGCGGUAUAGCCAACUCAUAUCUUAAUUGGGCAUUUCCUAACUCAAAAAAAUUAGGGGUUGAUUUUGCCGAAACACUUGUAAAUCUGUCAGCAGCUGGCAUCAAUCUGAACAAAACGCAUCUAGUGGGUCAUUCACUCGGCGCGCAUAUCUUCGGUAUCGCCGGUAACACAUUAAUGGACAAAGGAAUCUUAUUACCAUGGAUAACAGGACUAGAUCCCGCCACUGUCGGUUUUGAAAACAAACCUCCGGCGGCCAGGCUUAACCCGAAAUCUGCUAACUUUGUAUCAGUGAUCCACUCAGACCCAAGCAAGUAUGGGUACAAAAAAUCCCUAGGAACAGUCGAUUUCUGGCCUAAUUAUAGCCUCGGAACAGUUACACAACCUGGCUGUGAUAAGAAAAACUAUCCCACGUUUUCUCCAGAUGAUUUAUGCAAUCAUAAUCGUUGUUGGGAGAUAUUGGUGGACUCCGUGAUUCACCCUGGGACUAUCAUUGGAUGUCACGCGCAAAACUUUCGGAAAUGGAGGAAAUACACAGAGGAACAAAGACUAGCAGAUGUUUUGGAAGUAGGAGUUUUUGCGGAAGACCCUUUACCAGGAAACUACUAUUUCAUUACUAAUGCAGAGUCUCCAUAUGGACUUGGAGUGGAUGGGUUAUAACGAAGCAUAUCUUUUUACUAUAUGAUUAAGUACCUACAGAGUGUAUGAUUUUAAUAAAUAGUUAACAAAAUAGAAAGUGGUUGUGAUAAAGAAGUUAUUGGAAGCGAUAAUAAAAUUUAUGUCUAAUCGUCUAUAAAUUUAUUCUACUUACAUA